UGACAGCGCUCUAGCCAAUGAGAGCGGCGACUUCUUAUCCAGCGGCAUUUUUUGACCAAUGAGAGCGAGAGCUGUCGUUAGUCCCACCCUCCCACAGCUAAAAGUCAUCACAGAGAAGCCAGCCCUUUCUAGAGGAACAUAACGUUUUUAACUGUUGCUGUCAAAACAUUGACGUCUCUUGUCUGUCAUCAUGAGCGAUCCGUGGCAAGAAUGUAUGGAUCACUGUGUGGAGGUCACCAAGAAGGCUGGGGAGAUGAUCCGCGAGGCGCUCCAGAAGGACAUCACCAUCAUGCAGAAGAGCUCGCCGGUUGACCUGGUGACCGAGACGGACCAGAAAGUGGAACAGCUCAUUAUAUCCUCCAUCAAGGAAAAGUACCCGACUCACAGCUUCAUAGGUGAGGAGUCAGUAGCAGCAGGUGCUCCCAGCGUCCUGACAGACAAUCCCACUUGGAUCAUCGACCCCAUCGACGGUACCACCAACUUCGUUCACAGGUUCCCGUUUGUGUCUGUAUCAGUCGGCUUCACCGUGAACAAAGAGAUAGAGUUCGGGAUCGUCUACAGCUGCAUCGAGGAAAAGAUGUACACGGCACGAAAAGGCAAAGGGGCGUUCUGCAACGGAGCCCCCAUCAAAGUGUCUGGACAGGAAGAUAUCAGCCAGUCGAUGGUGCUGACAGAAAUGGGCUUCAAGAAGAAUCCUGAGCAAUUCAACACCAUGUUGGCCAACGUCAAGACCAUCCUCACCAUCCCUGUGCACGGUAUCCGCUCCCCGGGCAGCGCGGCUGUCAACAUGUGCCUGGUAGCGUGCGGAUCGGCUGAUGCUUACUACCACAUGGGCAUCCACUGCUGGGACAUGGCUGGAGGGGCAGUGAUAGUUACCGAAGCUGGAGGAGUUAUCAUGGACAUCUCAGGUGGACCGUUUGAUCUGAUGUCUCGGAGGCUGAUCGUCGCCAGCAGCAGAGCGAUAGCAGAGCGCAUCGCGAAGGAGAUAACAGAGUUUCACGUCGGCAGGGACGACACAGAUGGCUAGUAGACUCCCCCCCCCCCAUCAUCUCCUCGGCCGACUUGACAAUUCUUUAAAAUGCGCAUCUGUUUUUGUGUCGAACAGGUCACGAUUCCAUCUCUGCCUUAAAAACCAAAACGAUAAACUUACCUCUGAAGAACGAGUGGGUCUGUUAAAUAUUCAGACUCGCCGCCUUCAUUCUGCUUUCUUUUUGAGUCAUUGUUGUAUUUCCACGCGUAGACAUUCACAAAGUCAGACUUUUUAAAUGUGUUUUAACUUAUUUAAUGUGAUUCAUGAAGGAAGAAUUCAGUCUUUUUGUCAUAAUACACACUUUUGUUGAGUCAGAUCACAAUCAAAGACUGCCACUGACAAAAUACCUCUAUAUGGCAUUAUGAUAGUUAUUUCAGUGCAAAUUUUUUCAGGUUUUGAUCAAUAAUAUUGCUUUGUUAUGCAUUUUGGUGCUUGAGUAUUUGGUUAUUGUACAUGUAAGAUGAAUUUCAAUGCCAUCACAAGUUUGCACUAUACUAUACUGGCAGAAUAUGUGCACCAAACACUGAGUACAUGUAACUACUGCACUGUAUAUCUGCAUCUUUAUGAAGUUCAGACUUAAAUAGACUGGUUGUGUUCUUGGAAAUAGGAGCAGUAUGUUUAAAGUGUUUUAAUAUUACUUUAAGUGCUUUUUGAAAAGGAUGUAAUGAAGGCAGCAAAUAAAAGGCUACAAGGAA